CAAGUCGACAAGCCCAAAGGAAGCAGGGAAUCUAGUGUACAUGACACAUAACUAUGCCAAUUCGAUGCACCCAGACAAAUUCUUCCUCUCACCCCGUACAUUGACUGGUCUAACUUGCAUCGCACUAGAACAGAGUUUGUGGGGUACAAGGCUACAGUUCCACCCGUAUUACUUUGAGCUACGAAGCUCAGACACCAUAUCCGUCAUCGAAUUUGAGAAUUCCCAUAAGAUUCGACGUUCACCAUCCUGGUGAAAAUCAGUCAUUUCCCAUAUCGAAAUUCUUCAACCUAAUUAUCACCAGAGUCUAGAUCCUUGUUGAACACUUGGGAAGCAAUGUCUUCCUGUUUCGGGUCAAGAAAGAAGUCCAAACGGCAGGGUGACCGCGAGCCUCUGCUGCCUCAAUAUGAGGAUGACACUUCACUUCAGCGGGUAGCUCAUCAGAAGUUACACACAUAUCAAAUGCUCAGAGCUCUUUCGAAAGGGUUCAUGCCAUCAACAGAGCAGACGAUAGUCAACCUCAGAACGCUUCUUGCUUCAGAUGUUCUCAACCCGGACACUCCUGGUCUCAGUCAGAGUGGACGAAAGCUUAUGUAUUAUUCUAAGACAUGGCUUCAGCAAUUCAUUGAUCUCCUUCGGAAUAAGAACGAUGGCGAUCAAAUUCAGGAUUUUAUCUGGUUCAUGAUACAUGCUCGUUUGUCGGUUGAUACCAAUGAUCUCAUUCAAACGGCGACAUCAACGAGAGCAAAAGCAGAUGCUUCAGCUGCAUAUGAGAGUGUCAAGACCGUUGGCAGCCUUCUUUUGACCAAUUCUGACUUCAGAAUCUUCUUGUCUGACUUGAACACAAUUGGUCGACAAGUCUUCUCAGACACAGCUCACACAAUCUCAAAUGUAGCCGAAGAUGCUGCAAAGCAGAUUGAGCCUUCAGAUGAGCAAAGUGAGGCAGUCAAAGAACCUGGUAAUGAUGAUGGACCAGCUCCAACCGGGGAAGAGCUAGGAGCAGAAGCUGCUGAAAUUGCUGAUGUUGUUGCAAAUGGCGUCAAAAAGACUGGUAUCGAUGCUGGAGCUAGCUUCAAAGAGCACGUCUCUGGCAACGAAGGGGAAACGUUGAAGAAUCGUCUCAAAGCUGCUGUCAUGAAACUCCGGAAGCGUAACGACUACUCUGAUUCUGUCUCCACUAUCGGUCUGCUCAUCAAGAGAUAUGCGAAAGUGUACUCGAGAGCUGUUGAUAAGACUAUCAGUACCGUUCAAGAGGAUGUUGAUACGAAUGAUGAGCUUGAUCGAGCUAUCAAGAAUGGUUGGUCCUUGCUUAGCUCUUUCGGUGACAAGGAUGCUUGGAAAGAGCUUGAGAAGAGAUUCAACAAGGUCAUGGAGCACUCUCAGAAAGAUCCUGAGUUUGAAAACAUGAUGGAAGACGUCGCUGCCUCGGUCCAAAAGAUGCUUACCGACCCCGACUUCUUCGAUUCAGCAUCCAACAAGAUGGAAGAGCUUAAAGAAAAGUCCAAGGAAGUCGGCACCGAGUCACCUCUUCGGAAAGAUAUCGAUGCCCUUCUCCAACAAGCACGCCGAACCUUCGACUCAGUAGUCCACGACGAAGACGUUUCCAAACUCCUUCAAACCACCCUCCGAAUCUGGUCCAUCCUCUCCCCAACCUCCCAAGUCACAAAUCCCGAACUCCUAACCGAUACCUACACAAUCUUCAUCCCCCUCCUCAUCCAAAUGAUCCAAUACCUCCCCAUCCCCCGCCUCGAAAUCUCCGCCCCAGAAAUCGACCUCCUCCUCGAAAACCUCAUCCUCGAACCCGGCCGCACCAUCAACAACACCUCCUUCCUCCCCUUCCGCCUCAAGGUAGAAACCUACAACGAUCUCUCCAUCCGCAAAGCACGCUUCAGAACCAUCUCCACGGUCCGCUCCCUCUGCACCAUCAAAGUCCAAGGCCUCUCCAUCCGCGCCGACGAAGUCGGUUUCUGGCUCCGCGCCCACAAAGGCCUCCUCCGCCUCGCUGACGAAGGAAUCGCCUCUUUCGAGCUCGACGACAGAGGCAUCGACAUCGAGCUCGACGUCGAGAUCGGCAAAGAGAAGCUGGAGAAAAUGCUGACGCUAAGAAACGUGCGCGUUAAGAUCCAUCACCUAUCUUACACUUUACGCAAGAGUAAAUUCGCCUGUCUAGCCUGGCUCUUUAAACCCUUACUCCGACCCAUCUUGCGUAAAGUGCUAGAAAAACAACUCUCAACCGCCAUCGCCGAUUUCUUCCACGCAGCGAACAGAGAAUUGGUGUUUGCCCGCGAGAGGCUGCGAGCAACACGAAUCUCGGACCCAAGGGAUAUAAGGACGUUUGUUAAAGCGGUGAUGACACGAUUAACGCCCGAGGACGAUCCAGAUCUGUAUACGAACGUGGGAGUAAGGGGAGCGGCGGAGCAGAGGGGCAAUGUGUUUGCGGGGGUAUAUGCUCCGGGGAGCGUGGUGAAGCUUUGGGAUCAGGAGGCGGUGGAGGCGAGUGAGAGGGUGGAUGAGAGUGCGAGGGCGGCGAGGAGUUGGAGGAAUGAGAUUUUUGAUGUGCAGGCUCGGGCUAUGGGGCAAUGAAUCGCAGGUUGAAGGAGCGGGUAAAAUUGUAUGAGUGUGGUGGGUUGUUAUUCUAUUAUCGAACACGAGUAUUGUAGCAAUGGAAUCCAAAAGUCAAAUGAACGUCUCGCUCGUAAAGUUUCAGAGACGAAAGGAAUUCGAAGAGACGGAAAGGGACGGUAAAAAAGAAAGUAGAGAUGGUUGGAUUCGAACCAACGAUCCACAAUUCCGAAGAACACGCUUGUAACUCCUCAGUUUCCUACAAUUUCUUGCAGGCACAGCUUUAGAGCGUGUGAGCAUCCGUUACUUCUUGUGAGCUUUACCACUAAGCUACAUCUCCUUAUUUCCGAC